AAACGAGUCAAGAAGUGUGGUUGCUCUUAAUCAUGUGUGGAGUGAGUAUAAUAAAAUCACGUAGGCAACCCAGAAAAAUCACAAGCCCGAGACAGAAAACAAAAAAUACAGUAAGAUGGCAGAGGCUCUCUUCUCUCUUCCUCCUCCCUCUCUCUAUCUGCGUACAAUAAUUACGUGUCCAACAAGAUAGUCAGCCUUUCUCUCAGAAAUCCCCAUUUCCCCAUGCUCCCUCCUUUCUCUCUCUCCAAUAAUGCUUCUCUCUCAUCUCCCCUCUGCAGCUGACCCGCCGCGCUUCAGCCACGACAUCGACAGCUCCUGCUCCACUCCUUUCGUCAGUGCUGCCUCCAGCCCCGCACAUGCUCCGCCCUCCGGCUACUUUUACAGCGCUCCGGCGAGCCCCAUGCAUUUCCUUCUCUCUGUAGACAAAAUUAAAUCCUCGCCGCCGAAUUACGAUGAGCCUGUAUUCCUCACGUCGGAUUCCGGCUCCUUCGAGUUCGAGUUUUCGUCUAGGUUUUCUCCCACCGGUUUGGGCAACGGCUCGAUGACCUCGGCGGACGAGCUCUUCUUCAACGGUCAGAUCCGCCCGAUGAAGCAGUCGUCGCAUCUGCAGAGGCCGCGAGGCAGUUGUGCUGCGCCGUUUUUGGAUCUGUACGGUGGCGAAUCAGCAAGCGCGAGGGGCAGAGAUCUGAUGGCGCGCGGAGGAGGCGCCAAAUACUCGCACCGCAAAGCUAGAUCCAUGUCGCCGCUACGCACUGCGGACGACUACGAGUGGCGAGGCGGCUUUAACGCCGGCGGCGGCGCCGGAAGCCGCGAUAGUGAGGCAAAGGAGAUCGUUGAGUCGGCCGAGACGACGCCGUCCUGCUCAGCGUCUUCGUCGCGGUCGUCGUCGUCGGGGAGGAACUCGAAGAAGUGGAUAUUCCUCAAGGAUCUACUGCACCGGAGCAAGAGCGAAGGGAGAGCGAGCAACAAGGAGAGGUUCUGGUCGGCGAUCUCGUUCUCCCAGGCGAAGGAGAGAAAGAAGGCGACCUCGUCGCCGGUGCUGUCGCCGUCUUCGUCACGCGACGAGAAGAAAGGCGGGGUUGAGACGAAAAAGAGAGGACCGAAAUCUCCGGCGACCGGAAAGCCUGCAAACGGCGUGUGGAGAAGGCGAGUGCCGCCGCCGUCGGCGCACGAGCUGCAUUACACCGCGAACAGAGCGCAAGCUGAGGAGAUGAAGAAGAAGACGUUUCUGCCGUACAGGCAAGGCCUGCUUGGGUGCCUAGCGUUUAGCUCCAAGAGCUAUGGCGCAUUCAGUGGAUUCACCAGAAAUCUGAAUCCAAUUUCGUCCAGGUGAAAUCGAACUUUGAACGAAUAAUUAUUUUCAAAUAGUUUGAAUUAUGGAAAUCUAAUGUAUAGUUAUGUGGGAUAUUUUAAUUUCUUUUUCUAAGAAAAACAUUGCUUCAAUACGUGGGAGAUGCCGAUAAUCACUUUUAUUUGUGAUUUUGUUCCAAUUUAUUCCCAUGGAUGUAUUGGAAAUCGCUUCUGUUAAUCUGAGCACAACUUGAAGUUGAGAUUUA